UAUACACUUAAUUGUGGACCUAACAAAAUAGAAAAACAAGUUUUUUUUUCAAUCGAUUUAAUUAAUUUUUUAUGGAAAUAGAAUUAAAAUGACUUCCGCAUCAUCCAGUAGCGCUAGGAAUUUGUUCGCGGAGUCCAAACAAAGGCUCGCUGAAAGAGUGCAAGUGAAUAUGAACAAUAUUUCGUCGUUGGCGAGACAAAUUCAGAGAGGUUCUAAAUCUAAUGAGCUGUUAACAAAAGCAGCAAGAGAAAUGGCAUCAACAGAACAUCAGAUUGAAACCAGUGAGGAAAAUUUGAAGAAGAUGCAAUUAAUAGCAGUCCACAUUGGAUAUCAAUUUGAAAACAUUCAUAAGUCUGCAAAAAUGCUGACAGAAAUAAAUGAACAAAUUACAGCUAUGCAAAGAUGAGAAAUUAUUGGGAAACUGUUUUUGUUUGUGACUACAUAGACGAACGGCAAAAGGUUUAAUCAACUCAAAGCUUUCUUUAUAGUGGUGGUGACUAAGCUUUUAUGUGUAUGAGAUUUCAAAUUGUAUUAGAAUUUGUUAAGAUUUCAAAAAAGAACAUAAAUUGUGGACAUAAUUUAAUUAUUUGCUGUAGGAUUUUAGAUUUUGUUUUCAGCCACUGAACUAUUUUUCUUAAUGGAUAAUAUUUUAUGUAAUUUGGGAUUUGAGAUUGAAUA